AUGUAUUUUUCAGCUCCAAGCCAGCAUCAGCCUUCACCAAAUCAACCCUUGCGCUCACACCGACCAAUUUUCGAAACACCACAUGAUGGUCUCUACGAAGCGCCACACAAAAUCAUAUCUGAUAUCGACCCUCUACGACUGAAUCCACCCCCAGAGUUCGUCAAUCAUCUUAAUCCGCCCUUGGUCAAUACGAAUCAAUUUAACCCGCCCUUGGCUACAAAUCAAUUUAACCCGCCCAUAAUGAACACAAAUCCCCUAAACCAGCCCUUGACCAAUAAUAUGAAUCCACCCCCAAUGGAUGUAAAUCGUCAUAAUCCAUCCCCAAUGAACACAAAUCAUCAAAACCAGCCUAUGAACAACAUUGGUCCACUAAGAGAUGCUCCAGCUUUCAUGGAGAAGGCCGAUCUACCCCCGAGGAUACUACAACCCCCGGUGGAAUUACCCUACCCACAACAAUUGAGGUUCAAUUUGAGGAAACGGAAACGAUAG